AUGCCAAGUGGCAUUAGCGAUUCUACUACUUCCAAAUCAAAUAUUUGUUCACCUGCUGAAAGUGGCGGUUCUGCUUCCACUGAGUGUACUUCUUGGCUAGACGAAAAACAGCGUCUUUUGGUUCGAAUCGGUAAACUGAUGAGCCUUAUUACCAGCGGAAACAUGACUCCCAUUACGCCAGAAACUGUUACGGAAGAUUUAUGCGGCACUUUAGAACCUGGUCUGGCUUCAGAACCAUGUCUCUUUCCUCACCCAUUAUUUAUUCUUACUGACGCUGUCGAGUCGUGUCGAGCAGAUGUCGAACUUGCAGUAGUACGGUUUGUGAUUGGACGCCGUCCUGGUGGAGCCAGAUUGGCAGCAAACCUUUUAACUGCUUGUGAAGACUUGGGUCUUCGUGCUGAGGCCCUGGCUGUUUUUCUUCGAAAGAACACCAGUACUUCUCCGACUUUGAACAGCUCUGAUGCCCUAUGCUCAAAUGUCCCCCGCAUUCGUACCAACCUUGAGACCAGUGUCUAUACAGCACUUGAUUCAGUAAGGACUCAUCUGGAUGAACUCUUGUUAUAG